CUGUGUGUUCCUGCAGAACUGCAAUUCCUAUAAAAAUACUCACUAAAAAUAGGAAACAAAGAAAGACAAAUAAAGAUGCUUCUCCAGACUGCAACAGCCCUGCUAAGCAUUGUGGCUUCGGCUACCGCCGCCACCGUCCCUACCAGCAACGUCAAGGGCGCCGCCUUUGACCGCUUGGCCAUUAUCUACUUUGAAAACGAAAACUAUGCCAAGUCUGCUGGCGACACCAACUUUGCAUGGCUCGCUAAGAAGGGUAUCAAGCUCACCAACUACUUUGGCGUCACGCACCCUUCUCAGCCCAACUACGUUGCUUCGGUUGGCGGUGACUACUUCGGUCUUCCGGGUGACGGCCACGCGGAGCUGCCCUCCAACGUGGCCAGCAUUGUCGACCUGCUCGAGUCCAAGUCCAUCUCGUGGGCACACUACCAGGAGGACAUGCCCUACACCGGCUUCAUGGCCGAGAGCUACAAGAACCAGAAGAACGGCCGCAACGACUACGUCCGCAAGCACAACCCUGCAGUGCACUACCACAGCGUCACCGACAAUGCUGCCCGCCUCGGCCAGCUCAAGAACCUGUCCCGCACCGACACCAAGCACUCCGAAUUCCACAAGGACCUUGCAGCCGACAAGCUGCCCCAGUGGAUGUUCAUCACCCCCAACAUGACCUCGGACGGCCACGAUACCGAUGUUGCCACCGGCGGCCGCUGGUGCCGCUCCUUCUUGGAGCCUCUCCUCACCGAUGCCAAGUUUAUGAAGAACACCAUGGUCCUCAUUACUUGGGAUGAGGCUGAGAUUACCCCCAACGCCCCCAACCAGAUCCUCGGCGUCUUGCUUGGCGAUGCUAUUCCCUCCAACCUCGUCGGCACCACCGACAACAGCUUCUACACCCACUACUCUUCCAUUGCUAGUGUGUCUGCCAACUGGGACCUGCCCACCCUCGGCCGUUGGGACGUCGGCGCCAACGUCUACCAAUGGGUUGGCAACAAGACGGGCGAUGUCAUCCGCACUUGGGACAGCUCUUCGAACCAAAAGAACCACUACUACGCCACCCCGUACGCUGGCUACCUCAACCCGGACAGCGACAACCAGCAGAUUCCCAAGCCUUUCCUCGACUCCAACGCCGCUGGCCGUCCUGUCCUUAAGUCGAUUGUCGAUGCUUGGUCCAACAGUGAUGCGCCCUCGUACUACUCGGACACCAUUGAGGUCGCUGACGGCCGUAACCCUCCCGAGGGCUACGAGUCCUAAAGAGUGACUUAGUUAGGGUAGUCAUCGACUGGACUUUGAGUCAUAUAUUCUUCUCCUUUCUGAAAAAAAAAAGACAAGUUGGAACCUUCUUGUACAUACCAUGUGGCUUUGGCUAGAGGACACCGGAGUUGUCCGCAUCAAGCAUUGCUAAUGAUGGCCACUUAUAUACUGCCUACAAAUAAAAGCAUAUUUUAUACAUGCUCAUAUUUUCUGUAAUUUUUCUAAAUCAAGGC